AUGAAAGGGUUAAGACAUCAACAAGCACACUGCAUCAUCCAAACAAGCUGCUUGUUGCUCCAGCUGCCAACCAACCACACUUCUCGUUGGCUGCUGGCGGUGGCCCAAUCGAGCGCCGCGCAGUUGCUGAAGCUGGCGCAGCUACCUCUCAACCGCGAGUUGCUGAUACUGGCGCCAGUGCCACCGCCGGAGCCUCAUUUAGGGCUGCGUCUACUGGAAGCCUUCCGUGUGGCCCCCAACAGCCACAUGCGCGUGUUGCACUUUGCCGACUGGCUCGUGGGACACCAUCUGCACCCACACCCACCGCCCUUGGAGAGACGCAGGGCCGACUUCCGAGGUGCCACCCUUAAUGUCUCCAUUAAAAACGAUCCUCCAUACGCCAUUAGGAACAUUAUGAAUGGGACCUUAUACUUCAGUGGUUACUUCUAUGACACGUGGCACCUGUUGUCAGAGCAGUUAAAUUUCACAUACCGCAUGUGGGAGCAAACGUCGUGGGGCUCGUUGUCCGAGGCAGGCGAGUGGAGUGGCAUGACAGGUGACCUGACCCGUGGAGUGGCCGAUGCUGCUAUCGCUAGCUUCACGCAGACCACCAUGCGCAAUCAGCAUGUGGACUUCACCAUGCCACUCAUCCGCACCAGGAGCGCAGUAUUUAUUCGUGAGCGCUACGAAACAGAACCAAAUCUCAGGUGGUUGACCUCUAUCUUUUCUGCUCCUCUGUGGUUCGCAAUUGGGGCUAUGGCCAUGUUGGACAUCGUCUCCUACGUCGUCGUCGGAUACCUUCACCAGAAGUUCGCAUGCCAAGAACGUGCUGCUUCUAUCCCGAGAAUUCUGCACGACUGUUCCUUCACCAUAUUCGGCGUCUUCUGUUCCCAGGGGACAGCAGCUGCGCCUGCAGGGGCGUGCGAGCGUUGUGUGGUGGUGGCAUCGCUGGCCGGCGUGAUGACGGUGCAGGCCGCUUUCGGGGCUGCGCUGGUGGCACGGCUAGCGGUCAAAACGCCCGUACUGCCCUUCUCCGGGCUCCAGGGCUUCCUCACCGACCGCACCUACCAGCUGGCCGUCGUCGCCGAUUCGGCAGAGCUCACCAACUUCGAGUAUGCUGCGGAUAACGUGAGAAGAGCGUUAUAUCUCCAGCUGAUAGCACCGAACAAGGACAUUUUACCACAUGGCAAUAUCGAAGGGCUCCAGAGAGUCUGCAGCAAUGCCAAGUAUGCCUUCAUAGCCAAGCAUGAGACAAGCAUGCUAUAUUCAAAAAGCCUGUCUUGCGCUCUUUCGGAAAUUCCUGAGGCAUCGACGCCUUAUUAUUUGGGAAUAGGUCUUCAGAAGGGCAGCCCAUACCGCAAAAUCAUCAACGAUAAGUAA